AAAACACCACUCUCCUUAUUACAAGUAUAGUGCAGCCUAAACAUCCGUCAGAGCUGGGUGAAAACUUUCUGCUAUUUAUUUCCAGAGACCCAGGCUGCCCUUCUGCAGUGACUGGAGAUGGCUAUGGUGGUCUUUAGAUCUUCUAUUCUGGUUGCCAUUCUCUCUGUUCUGCCAACAGGGCACAUGAUUCCAUUGCCCCCCCGCCAGAGCAAUGUUAGAUAUAAUGUGGUUAUGGUGAUGAGUGAUUCUUUUGAUGGGCGGCUGACAAGUACCUUGGAUAGUCAGGUGGUGUCUCUUCCAAAUCUAAACUUCAUGAAACAUCAUGGGGCUGUGUUUCUUAACGCGUAUACAAAUGCUCCGAUCUGCUGCCCAUCUCGAUCAGCAAUGUGGAGUGGUCUGUUUCCUCACUUGACACAAUCCUGGAAUAACUUCAAAUGCCUUGACCCUGGGUACCCAACCUGGAUGGACCUGAUAAAAGAAAAAGGGCAUAUCACUCAAAAGUUUGGCAAACAAGACUAUACAAGUGGGUCCCAUUCACUGAGUAACCGAGUGGAAGCCUGGACAAGAGAUGUGCCAUUCUUGCUUAGACAGGAAGGUAGACCCAUGGCCAAUCUCACUACAAACAAGACUCAGAUUCGUAUUAACGAAAAGGACUGGAUAAAUGUAGAUCUGGCUGCUGACUGGAUAAGAAAACAAGCAAAGAACUCUUCAGAACCUUUUUUUCUGUAUUUGGGUUUAAAUUUGCCACACCCAUAUCCUUCAGAAGACAUGGGCGAAAAUUGGGGCUCAUCAACAUUUUUAACGUCCCUUUACUGGCUUCGGAAGGUGUCAUAUAAGAACAUUACACUUCCCAAAUGGUUACCUUUACAAAAAAUGCACCCAGUGGACUACUACUCAUCAUACACUAAGAACUGCACUGGACAUUUUACAAACCAGGAGAUUUUAAAUAUUAGAGCUUAUUACUAUGCUAUGUGUGCAGAGACAGACGGUAUAUUGGGUGAAGUUAUUUCUGCCCUCACUGAUACGGGACUCCUCAACACAACCUAUGUGCUGUAUACGUCUGACCACGGGGAACUUGCUAUGGAACACAGACAGUUUUAUAAGAUGAGUAUGUAUGAAGGCAGCGCACACAUCCCUCUUCUGAUAAUGGGUCCCAAUAUAAAACCUGGAACAACCAUAUCAAAUAUAGUCUCCCUGGUGGAUCUUUACCCCACUAUGCUUGAAAUUGCAGGUUUGCCUGUUCCUCAAAACAUAAGCGGUUACUCUCUGGUGCCAUUAUUAUCUGCAACGUCACAAAAUGAGAUUCUGCCCGAUUUGCAUCCUAACUGGGCACUGAGUCAGUUCCAUGGAUCUGAUGUAAACGCCUCAACCUACAUGCUUCGAUAUAAUUACUGGAAGUACAUAGCAUACUCGGAUGGUGAUUCAGUCUCUCCCCAGCUGUUUGAUUUAUCAGCUGAUCCAGAUGAACUUAGAAAUGUGGUCACUUUGUAUCCGGAGAUUGUCCUGUCCAUAGAGAAAAAACUUCGGUCCAUUAUUGACUACAAGAAAAUAUCUUACAAUGUUCAUCAAUAUAAUAAGGAAGAGUUUAUCAAAUGGAGAGCGAGCCUUGGACAGAAUUAUACAAAUGUCAUCUCUAACCUGAGGUGGCAUAUCGAUUGGAACAAGAGACCAAAAGCUUGUGAACUGGCCAUUAAUAAAUGGCUAGAAAGUGGGAAUUUUAUUCUAUGAUCAGAUCCAAUCACAUAAAAUCUUCCAUUGUGCAGGGAAAGUAUUCCUAGAUCUAAUUAAAUUAGCAUUAAUCAUUGUAUAAAUUGCA